UAUUAGAUCUGAGAGUUGUUUUUGGGCGUCCCCCCAACAAUGUGGAGUUCUAUCACAUAAACGGUUCGUGUCGAUCGAAAGAAUCCAAAUCCAACGGCUAACGUCCCGACGAAUAGUGUGGUGAUACGUUGGGAUGUACUCUGCAAAUUGAUUUCUCUGAUAUCUACAUGAAGGAACGGUAAUUAGGAUAUAAUCUUCGGCAGUGCGUUUCCACGCGAUUCUGAAAAGAGAUCACAUGUGCAAAACCGACGCUACCCUAGCAGAUGUGUCUUCUUUUCGAGUAGCUAACAGAGAAAUCAUAUAAACACAGAGAGAGAGAGAGAGAGAGAGAGAGAGAGAGAGAGAGAGAGAGAGUCGAAAUCUCCCUGGGCCUUUAUGGAUCCAUGGAAAUCCGACGGUCUCUGUCAAUCUAUCCAAGCGAAUGGCUAUCUGCCUCAAAAUCGGUUACAGUCCAACUCCCUCCCGGAAUCGAGGUACGGUGUUUGCAAAAGGGAUCAAAAUUUAUUAGGAGACGAUCAAGGGCAUUGCACAGUUGCCCACCCAACAAAUCCUUUUGGAGUCAACAAGGGGAACUAGAAGUAAAGGAUUCCAUUACUGCAAGAAAAGUUCAGAAGGCAGACCGUGAGAAAUUGAGGAGGGAUCGACUAAAUGAGCAGUUUCUGGAGCUGGGAAAUGCACUAGAUCCAGAUAGGCCCAAAAAUGACAAGGCAACCAUCCUCACUGACACAAUCCAGAUGCUGAAGGAUUUAACUGCUCAAGUCAACAGACUGAAAGCUGAAUACGCAUCUCUUUCAGAAGAAUCUCGUGAGUUGACGCAGGAGAAGAAUGAACUCAGGGAAGAGAAGGCAGCUUUAAAAUCUGAUAUUGACAAUCUUAGUGUUCAGUAUCAACAGAGACUCAGGGUCAUGUUUCCGUGGGCUGCGAUGGAUCCUUCAGUUGUCAUGGGCCCACCAGCAUAUCCAUUUCCAAUGCCGGUUCCAGUUCCUGCAGGCCCGAUUCCAGUGCAUCCGUCCCUGCAACCAUAUCCAUUUUUUAGGAACCUGAGUCCGGGAGCCAUGCCUAAUCCCUGCUCAACCUUUUUGCCAUUUUCUUCUGCGGGUCACCCCCAAAUUGAACAGCAAUCCACUCAAUACGUUUCCCCUCAUCCGCAGCUGAGCAGGUCUCACAAUGCAAGCAAGCAAGAUUCAAGAAGCAAAUCAUCAGACCGUCAGCGGGGAAGUAAUGUAGAGAAAAGUGUCAAUUCUAUUGAUGUCGUGACAGAGCUAGAACUUAAGACACCUGGAUCCGCAAGCUCUAGUUGUCAUGUUGAAUCUGUUCCUCCUGACCAGGACUUAUCAUCCGAAGGGAGGAAAGGGAAGCAGCGGUCAUCGCUGACCAAGGGUAGUGGGGUUACAGAUGAGAGCUGUUCAAGCAGGUCUUCAUCGUCAUGUGGUCCGCUUGAUAGCUCCUCCAAUAGUGCAGGAGUUGGUCGGUAGCCAGUAAUUAGAGAAAUUUAGGUCAAGACUACAUUGUGCAGGCAUACUAGUAAUCUACAGAGGCUCCUAUGUAUUAAAUGUAAUAGGGUGUAGGCUUAUAUGAGGUUGAUCUUCUGGUCCUAGGCCAGCAACUCCGUCCAUGUAGUCACAUCUUGCUGCUGCAGUUCUUGUAAACAAAGGAAAUGAGAAAAGAAAGAAACGUCCUCAGCGUUUUCUGUUAUUGGGUGUUUCUGCUGCUUCAUGCUUACAAACUAACAAACCAGUUGGGAACAAGAAUGCUCAGGCAAUAUCUAGGCAUACAAUGUAAUUCUAAUUAUUAUUUUUGGGAAAUUUGGUGUAUGGGUAAUUGGAAUCAUAAGGAGUGUAAAGAAAGAUUUCUUUGUCUUUUUUGAAACAAAAUCUCAAUAUAAUAUUCUCUUUAUCCUGUUUGAA